GAUAAAGGAGAUUCAGUGGUAGCUUUUAUUUUUAGUUGCCUGGUUCCAUCUUCUAUCGUCUUCCUUGUACUGCAGAAGCCUUGGAAAGGCAGGCCCUUGCCGAACUCACAGGUCAUACCUACAGUGAUCAAUGGAGGAAUAAUGGCAUUAUACUACACUUUAUGGGGAAAAGGCCUUCUUUCUUGUGGGCCACUUGUUGCUCUAAUUGCGGAGUAUGCUGGUGCUAUUCUUGGAGUUCUCUCAGCAGCAUUGUAUGGAAGGAGAGUCUGGAUUUGGAAGAAGUUUGGUGGACUCGCUGCAAUGAUGGCAUCAUAUUAUUUCUUAUCAAAUGGGUGGGCUACCAGAUCAUAUUCGCCAUUCUCUAGCUUUGGGAGAGAACAGGUGGUGCAGGAAAAGCAACCUUUAGGAAUGAAAGAAAUGGUGGCGCCAAUCUCUGCUGGUAUUUUAUCAGCUUUGAGAAGGGUGAUAGCAAGACGUAUUUCUUUGAAGAAUCAGCUCAAAAGGCGGCUUCAUGCAAUAACUGUUGCUUCAGCUACGUGCUUUCUUUUUCCUGUUGCCAUGUGGGAUACAAUCUUAGGGUCGACAUCCGAUAGCAUAAUUAAGUUUCAGUUUCCGAGCAGGGCUUAUUUGAGCACAAUUGUUUUUGGAAUUUUCUUUAUAUACUAUAUUGACAAUGUUGCAGAGGAAAGAUUGCACCUUGUUUUCUCUUCUCCAAGGCACUUACUGGUUUCAGGAGGAUGCAUCAUUUUAAUGGAGAUAUUCUAUAAGAUGGAUUUCUCUUUACUAGGUUUUCUAAUUUGCUCCAUAAUUUUGGGAUAUGGUAUGUCUUGUUAUCUCCACUUUUGUGUCAUUUCAGAUAGUUUAAAGUCUAAACAUAUAUUGUGGACAUUAGUGAUGCAUAUUUUGCUUCUUUUAUUAAUCUACAUUUAAAAAAAUUUCUAA